AUUGAAGGUACAGAAAUUCUUAAAUGCAAUCAUAUAAUUGAAUUUGGCAUUAAAGAACAAUCUGAAAAUAAAGUUGUGUUCAUAGCAUUAUGCCUACAAACAUCAAACUUAAAUGGGAAUCCUCAUGAAAUUAUUAUAUCAAAAACAAAUCUAGACUUUAAUACUACUAUAAAUGGUUCAUGUAGUUGUAAAGCUGGCACUGGCAAGUGCAAACAUGUUGUAGGCUUUUUGCUCAAACUUCAAAAAACUUCAGAAGAGGACAUACAACAUUUAAGUUGUACCGAUCUUCGUCAACAAUGGGGCAAAAUGAAAAAUACUGGUAUUCAUUUGUAUAAACCGAUACCUAUAAGAGAAUUUUGUCAUGUUAAAUGUCCUACUGCUUCUUAUAAACAAAGUUUACCAAACUCGCUACCACCUGACCUUCAAGAAGAAGUUUUUCAAACAUUGUUACAAGGUUUUCCAGACUCGGCAAUAUCAAUUCACCUAAAAGGUCGCCAUAGUCCUCGAACUCGAUCACUAGACACUACAACAAGUACAUCUAGUUUUGAUAAAAAUAACUUCUAUACAAAAUUGGUAACUGCACAUUCUUCAGUAAUCAAAGAUGAAGCACAAAAUAUACUCGAGUUAACGAAUAAUUGUUCCUCAGAUGCUAUACAUUUUUAUAAAACAAAAGUAGAAAUUAAUAAACAAGAAUCGAUCAAUCUGUGUAGUAGUACAUUAACUCAAAUGGGACCAAUAUGGCUUACAUCUCGUAAAUUGAGAAUCACUGAUUUCCAAUUUCUCUGGUAA